AGAAGCGCUUAGAAGGGUCUGUGACGAUGUAAUGCGUUCGGUACCUCGCUUCACCAACACCUGGUUUCGAAUAUCGGAUUGACUUGAUCUUACGCUUGUGCCAUUGCUGACUUUUCUCGUUUGCUUUUAUUAUUAGACUUACACACUGUUCCCACACUCCAACCUACAGACAACGGUGCCUCUGGUAAUGGGUUUUACAUGGUGACAUGGAGUCAAGUGACGAAAAGCUAUCGAAGGUCUCAUUCACUCACCGGAUCAUCGCUUCUUCAGUUGGUGGUAUAAUGACAGCGUUUGUUAUGACACCUCUGGAUGUUGUGAAAGUCCGAAUGCAGUCUUCCAGGACAUACUCUGAAACCAAGUGUCUUAUUUAUUGUAAUGGACUAGCUGAACGCCUCUCCACCUGCCCAUUGAGCCGAAACACCUGUUCUAUGUCUUGGUCAGAACGUGCUAUGAAGUGUGCAGGGAGGUGGAACUUAUUUACCUCGAACGAAUCAUAUUGUUGUUCCACAUGCAUUCCUCAUUAUAAUAACCAGUCUUUUGUUUCAUUUUCCUGCCGCUCCCCUAGCGUUUCAGAUAUCGUCCUCAGAAUUAUUCGUAAUGAAGGUAUUUUAUCUCUUUGGAGUGGACUCUCCCCGACACUUGUUAUGACACUUCCUCAAACUGUUAUCUACUUCACUGUCAAUGAUUGGCUGAAAUAUCAUGUUGGAUAUACUUCUAAGACUGUCAACAAAUUACCAGUAAUGACAAGUGGAUCUUUCCAAAACUUCAUCUCCCCUAAAGAUUUCCUCCCUCCAUUAGUUGGAGGUGUGUCUCGAAUUUUCGCGGUAAUGGCUGUAUCACCAAUAGAAUUGUUACGUACAAAAAUCCAAGCUAGGAAAGUACUCUACCGUGAUAUAACAUCGUUAGUUGUUACAACAGUGAAACAGGAUGGUUUGAAAAGUUUGUGGUUAGGUGCUGGACCAACUCUGUUACGUGAUGUUCCUUAUUCUAUGGUAUUUUGGUUAACUUACGACUAUAUGAAAUCUGGGUUUAUAAAUAAACAGAUAAGAACGCAUUUGUUGUCGAAUAGUGAAUUGCCUGUCACAUUUGACAGAAUUCACUUUUCGCAUGCAUUUGGUUUUGGAGCAGCUGCUGGUUUUAUUUCUGGCGUAUUAACACAUCCAUUCGAUGUGAUUAAAACUCACAGACAAGUUGAUUUCGGAAAGUAUUCGUUUUCAUUUAAUCAUCUUCACCCAACAUCAACGUGGACAUUACUACAUAAUUUGUAUAUUAAAAAUGGUCUUCCUGCCUUGUUUUCUGGUUUCACACCUAGAAUAAUUAAAACAACCAGCGCUUCUGCAAUAAUGAUUGCCGUCUUUGAAAGUUUAAAAGAAAAAGUUGUAAAUAUCGGAACGAGUUAAAUGAAGAAAAAAAUUGAGGUCAACUUAUUCUUGAAAAAAAAUCCUUCACAUUACUCAAGUUUACUGUUACGCAACACUACAUUGAUCAUUUUAUUUUGUACCGUGUUUUAGUUUUUAGUGACGACAUUGAAUAAAAUGACUUUAGUUCAUGUAAUUUGUUUCUAGAGGAUUUUUAUUUGCAACAGGAAGGUUUUUGAAAAGACAAUAGAUUAGGAUAGCUGACUAUGAAACUAGUAAUUUGUGCUUUUUCAUUAAAAUCAAGAACUGAUUUGAGUUAAACAGCCAUUAAAAAUUUGAAAGCACUGAAUGACUGUUUCGUUCGGGUAUGGGACUCAUCACAAGCGCGCAUCCACAGCACCACCACUGAAGAUCGAAUGUUUGACUUCUAGACCAAUGAGGAGAUUUCCGAAGAUAUUGGGUUCGAUCCUCGCUCGCAAAGUCGCGAAACCGCACUACUCAAUCCCACACUAGGACGGAAAGGCUGUCUGGUGCUUACAUAUUCAACUUAAAUCAGUGUGAUUUCAAUGAAAUUCCGCCAUUCCCACAACUCCAUAAUGACAAUUUCUGCUUUACUUUGGAGUUGUAGAUCACUGAUUAUGAAAUAUUUCGUUUGGAUUAUAACGUCGGUAUGUUCGUGCACCAGGCUAAUAUUUCACAACUUCAAUACAAUGAAUGAAACUACUUCUUCACUGUUCAGCUAACUAGGGUGAGAAGCACAGUCUGUGUACGGGUUUUUUUGUUGAUCAAGACACCAGAACAAUAAAAUUAAUGAGAUAUAUAUAUAGACCAAAAUGACUUUACAGAAUUUUAUCAAAUUUGGUAACUGUCUCUGAAUACAAGUCGUAAUGAAAAAAAUGCAUUAAGAGCUCAACUCGAAUUCACCUUGAGUCAAUAUUUCGGGAUGGUGCACCUACAACAAAUGUUGAGUUAUGGGUAUGAAUACACUCGAUCCACUACUGCUCAUAAAUAAACCGCGCUUAAUAACUCACUUUUUACCUUCAACUGACCGCUUACAACUUUAUUGAUGUUCUUACAGACUGAUCUCUCGAUCUUUUAGAAGUAAAUGUGAAGUUAUUCUACUUGGAAUUAUUUAUCUAGACUUAAAAGUUGUGGAGAUUUGAACUCUUUCAACACAUCAUUUUAGAAUACACACGAAACUACUUGUUUUACCAAUUCGUUUUAAUAUCAACUUUUGAUGUAUUUUACACGUGUGAUCAAACUAGCCUAACCAUUUAUCUCAUUUAAAUUUGUUUGACCCACCACAAAUUUUUCUGGUGAGUCCCUGUUCAUAACGUUCAUAUUUCUAAACCGAACUUGAUUAAUUUCUGAGUGAACUUUAUAUAAAUAAUCUAAAUAGUAAAACCUGAACAUACAUUUGAAUAAAGAAACCUAAUAUUGUUACU